AGUCGCCAUGUUGGGAGCAGUCGGUCGCUGCAGUCAGGGAGCGCUCCGGGCCCUCAGGCCUGGGCUCGGCGCCGCGCAGGCGGUCAGAGGGGCCCCCGCUGCACUUUACACCAGAAGAAACUAUGCCGCUCAGACUGCCGCCAAGCCAACUGCUCACGGUCAGAUUGUCGCGGUCAUCGGUGCUGUUGUGGAUGUGCAGUUCGAUGAGGGGCUUCCUCCAAUUCUGAAUGCCUUGGAGGUGGCCGGUCGGGACAGCAGGCUGGUGCUGGAGGUAGCUCAGCAUCUCGGGGAGAGCACUGUACGUACAAUUGCUAUGGAUGGUACUGAAGGGCUGGUGCGUGGGCAGAAAGUUCUUGACACAGGUGCCCCUAUUAGAAUUCCAGUUGGGCCAGAAACUCUCGGCAGGAUCAUGAAUGUCAUUGGCGAACCCAUUGAUGAGAGAGGACCAAUCAACACCAAACAUCACUCUGCCAUCCACGCUGAAGCUCCCGAGUUUGUAGAGAUGAGUGUGGAGCAGGAGAUCUUGGUGACUGGUAUCAAGGUGGUAGAUCUGUUGGCUCCAUAUGCCAAAGGUGGUAAAAUCGGACUGUUUGGCGGUGCUGGUGUGGGUAAGACUGUACUUAUUAUGGAAUUGAUCAACAAUGUUGCCAAGGCCCACGGUGGCUACUCUGUGUUUGCUGGAGUGGGAGAACGCACCCGUGAAGGCAAUGAUUUAUACCAUGAAAUGAUUGAGUCUGGUGUCAUCAACCUGAAAGAUACAACAUCCAAGGUAGCGUUGGUGUAUGGUCAGAUGAAUGAGCCACCUGGCGCCCGGGCUCGAGUGGCAUUGACUGGGCUGACAGUAGCUGAGUAUUUCCGCGAUCAGGAAGGCCAAGAUGUGCUGCUGUUCAUCGACAACAUUUUCAGGUUCACUCAGGCUGGCUCAGAGGUGUCUGCUCUGCUUGGCCGUAUUCCAUCUGCUGUGGGUUAUCAGCCAACUCUGGCUACCGACAUGGGUACCAUGCAGGAACGGAUCACCACCACAAAGAAAGGAUCCAUUACCUCUGUGCAGGCUAUCUAUGUGCCGGCUGAUGAUCUGACUGACCCUGCUCCCGCCACCACUUUUGCUCACUUGGACGCCACGACCGUGUUAUCCCGUGCUAUUGCGGAGUUGGGUAUCUAUCCAGCUGUAGAUCCACUGGACUCUACUUCCCGUAUCAUGGACCCCAACAUCGUCGGGAGUGAACACUAUGAAGUGGCUCGUGGUGUGCAGAAGAUCCUGCAGGACUACAAAUCUCUUCAGGAUAUCAUUGCAAUCCUGGGUAUGGAUGAGCUGUCAGAAGAGGACAGGUUAACUGUGUCUCGUGCUCGUAAGAUCCAGCGUUUCCUGUCCCAGCCAUUCCAGGUUGCUGAGGUCUUCAUCGGACACAAAGGAAAACUGGUGCCCCUCAAGGAUACGAUCAAAGGAUUCCAGAUGAUUCUUUCUGGUGAAUAUGAUCAUUUACCUGAGCAAGCCUUCUACAUGGUUGGUCCUAUUGAAGACGUUGUUGCUAAGGCUGAAAAAUUGGCAGAAGAGCACUCUUAGAUUAACAUUGUAACAUCAGUGAUCAGUUGUAAUGUAAACUUGUAUGAAUGGCUUCAGAUCAUUGUCUUUGUGACAAACUGCAAGAUGUUAUUUAAUGUUUCUAAUGUGGAAAGAUGGAAAAUAAAACUUCCAACACUU